GCGCGGUCGGUUUUAUUGCCUUUAUUUAAUAUUUUUUUGUACGUUAUUGAGGUAAAAAAAUAAGUUUUGUGGAGUUUUGAAAUUUUUGGAUGCAAUUUUUUUGCAGUCUUGAAAUUCAAGUUAAAAGUUUGUUAAAGUGAAAAUCCAAAAGAAAGAAACAACUUUUUAUCGGAAGCUUGAAAGGAAAAAUUAGACUUGAUACAAAAAAAAGGACACCAAAAAGACUGAAAAGAGAGAAAAGAAAAAUACAAAAAGGAAGUAAAAACUUCAAUUGUGUCAAGACAAAGGAAAACUUAAAGCCGGACAUAAAAAUCUAUAGGAUUCACAUAAAGGAGAUAAAAAAUCGCAAUAAAAAAUAUAUAGAUUGUGUUAAAUUCAAAAAAUAAUAAAAAAGAGCACGGAGAGUUAGAAGAAGAGAAAGUGAAGUUUAAAGCUACAAGUUCAGUUUAUGUGUACAUAAAAAAUUAUUAUUAUUAGUACAAUAAUAGUUUAAAAAAAGAUGCAAUACAAAGUUUUGUGAAUCGAAAGUCAAUAGAAGAUCAAAAAACCUGAAGGUAGUGAGAAUUGUGAGGCAUUUUAAUUGCAGAUUUAAGUGAAAAGAUCAGCAAGCACUUCGUGUGAAUUCAACAGCAUUAUUGAGCUUCCUCAACACAACAACAACAACAGAGAAAUGUUAAGAAGCCGAAAGAAAAUUCAAUUUUUAUGUUAAAAAAAGUCUUUGUGCUGUGAAAAUAAAAGUUAAAUAUAUAAAGGAACGGAAGCAAGAUAAAUAUUCAGUUAAGAGACAAGACAGAAGUUUUGCAAUGUUAGGUCGUAACAAAUGGAAAUUCUUUACAUUUAUAACAUUCAUUGGUGUCACAAUCGGAGCUCAUACAGAGGUGGCAUUGGCUCAGACAAAGGCACUCAUUAAUCCCGAAGUUCCAUCAUUCACAAAUGAUAAGUUAGGUAUAACAAUAGAAAGUCUUAAUAGUGUUAAUCAGCUACAACAACAAUUAUCUAGUCGACGUCGUCAAUUGCGUAAUUUAGUGCCGCCGUACCAAGAAUUCUCAAGUCGUGAUGAGGUUCAAUUUAUAGACAGCAGGACACGAAAUAGUCGGAAUCUUCCUGGCACUUUUGGGUCAUUCAGAUACAAUGGAAAUAAUUUGAGUCUUAAAACUUCAUCGCCAUCUCCAUUCCGUCGCUCGGAUGAGUAUGAUGACACAAUUGGAACAUAUCCAGCAUCACAAAUUGCUUACGAUUUAAAUUACGAUUUUGAUGAUGAUUAUGGCGAGAAUGUCACACUUCCAACAACCACAACGUUACCGCCAUUGGCCGUGACUGAUAGCUACAAUAGAUUUCGUCAUAAAAUUAUUCCAAUUUCAUUUAAACAAGAAAAUAUUGUAUUAAAAGACUUAACAGACAAUGAAAGUAAUACGGAAGGUCAUGAGCGUCACAAUGCCACAUCAAGUACAGUCAAAUUUGAGGACGAAUACGAUAAUGCUGAUAAUAAUAAUACUGAAAAUGAUAGUGACGAGAGAAAGGGCAAGAAGAUUGACAAUAAUGAUGACGAAAAUUCCGAUAAGAUCAGAUUUCCAGAUGAAUCGAAAGAGCAACAACCACAAUCUGAAGCAUUAACAGCUCGACGAUCAGGAAUUUAUUUUUCUGAGAAUGAAGGAGAAAUUAAUCGACAUCGUCGACCUCAACCACAACUGUUUAAUCCUUUCGUACCGCUUAGUUACAGCGAAGAGUCAUUGAACUUUGGCGAUGCAAUUUCCAAUCUUCAGAGACCGUAUCAUAGCGACGAAAUCGAUCGUGGAUCAACAAGUAGUGGAAUUGAAAAUGAAAAUGAUCGUAGUGCAAAUGGAAAUCGAUAUUAUUUGCCGUUUAUGGCACCAGCACCAUUCCGUGAUGAUCAUGUGACGAAAUUCGGUGAUACUAAUGGACCUGUUACAGCUUUUAAUCGACAGGUUCGUGACUACACAGAUCAAGUUGUCUUUUAUCCUCGUACACAAUAUGAAAGUACAGCAAGUGGAUCGAGUCAAUUUUAUGGUGAGCAGGACAGUCAACAACGUCCAUCACGUGCUCACUUCUUUCCACCGAAAGUCUAUACAGAAUAUCCAGAUUAUCCAUUGCCGCAACAGCAGCAGCAAUCAGGACAAAUUAAUUCAAAAUAUUAUCAACAGCCAGCAGCAGCCGUUGCUACAACUGCGCAAACAUAUAAUUGGAAGACACGACAACCUCGCGUUAUAUUUCCAGCACCUGAUUUUGGCCCCGGAACAACAUAUGUCGGUAAUGACAAUGUUGUCUUUAGGGAUCAAAAUUUUGGAAUUAAUGAUUUAGUCGCCAUUAAAGAUGUCCGUAAUGAAUUUGAAAACGAUGAUUCGACGCCUGUUGCAAAAGAUAAAGGCUGCGGUAUAUCACUAGCAAAGCAAGUUGCUCAACGACGCAUUGUAGGUGGUGAUGACGCAGGCUUCGGUAAUUUUCCAUGGCAAGCAUACAUUCGAAUAGGAUCAUCGAGGUGCGGAGGAUCUUUAGUCAGUCGACGACAUGUUGUGACAGCUGGUCAUUGUGUAGCUCGUGCGAUUCCACGUCAAGUUCAUGUGACAUUGGGCGAUUAUGUAAUAAAUUCAGCGGUCGAGCCACUGCCUGCUUACACAUUUGGCGUGCGUCAAAUAAAUGUGCAUCCAUAUUUCAAAUUUACUCCGCAAGCGGAUCGUUUUGAUGUUGCGGUGCUGACGCUUGAACGGCCUGUUCAUUACAUGCCGCAUAUUGCACCAAUUUGCCUACCUGAUAAGAAUGAAGAAUUCUUGGGCAAAUAUGGAUGGGCUGCUGGAUGGGGAGCACUAAGUCCAGGUUCAAGACUGAGACCAAAGACAUUGCAAGCUGUUGAUGUGCCAGUAAUAGACAAUCGUGUUUGUGAGAGAUGGCAUCGAUCCAACGGAAUCAAUGUUGUGAUCUAUCCAGAGAUGUUGUGUGCUGGACACAGAAACGGUCGAAAGGAUUCAUGUCAAGGCGAUAGCGGAGGACCACUGAUGCACGAAAAGAGCGGAAGAUGGUAUCUAAUAGGUAUCGUGUCAGCUGGAUACUCGUGUGCAUCGAAAGGUCAACCGGGUAUUUAUCAUCGAGUGCCGCAUACUGUUGACUGGAUAUCACACAUCAUAAAAUCAGCAACAUAAUAAAUAGCCAGCAAUCUUUCCGCCUUCAUCUUCCUAUCAACUUUCGAUUUUUUUUUUACUUCUUAUUUCCAGUAGAAAAUGCCUGACACAAUUGAGAGUUGCUGAUGGCUGCGUUAAUUAUUUUUCAUUUUUUUAUUACCUUAACUUUUUUUUUAUUAUUUUAUUUUUUUGUUGUUGUUAAUAUAAAUUUCAACACUUCUUUAUGAACAUACAAAGACGUUGUAUAAGCUCCAAGCAAACUUUUGUAGAGAUGGACUUAUCUUAAUACCUUAUUUAAUAUUUAUUAAUUAUUUUCUUUUUGUUUAAUGAAAGUUUUCCAAAAUGACAAAAAAACAAAGACAAAAAAAGAAUUAGUUGAAUAGAUUAUUCCCAAAUGAAGACGAUAACUACCUGAAUUUUGUAAAUUAAAAAGUUUUU